AUGACUCAAUCUCUUAUCAAUCGUUUACAAUUACCAGUUAAGCAAUGCUUUGUGAAUAUCGGAGCAAUAGACAAUGCGAAUAUUGUUUCGGAAAAAUACACUACUGCCACUUUCUAUUCUACGUAUAAUGAUUCUAAAUAUCAGUUAAACUUUUUGAUUGUACCUAAAAUAGCUGAGAAGGUGCCUAAUGAGACUUUCCCUCGGGAGAAAUUCAACAUCCCCAAGAACAUCAAAUUAGCAGAUCCUCAAUUUCAUAUACCCAGACCGGUCGAUGUCUUGCUAGCGUCAGGUCCAACUCUAUCUUCUCUUGCCAUAGGGCAAAUCAGGCUAAAUGACCAAAGAUCCCAAAUCACUCUUCAAAAAACUUCUUUCGGCUGGAUAGCAGCCGGAGGAUCUAUCUUAUCAACGAUUCCCAACUCAGUUUCGUGCAAUGCGGUGAGGUUGGAUUCACUCCUAGAAAGAUUCAUGGCAAUGGAAGACAUGGAUUAUCAACCCAUCAAGUCAGAAGAGGACGUAGCAUGCGAAAGGUACUACGUUCAAACCACGACACGUGACGCUUCAGGUCGUUAUAUCGUUCGUCUACCGUUUCGAUCAGGCAAAUUCGAACUAGGUUUGUCAAAACAUCAAGCGUUACAGCGUUUUGAGGCGUUGCAGCGCAAAUUUGAUGCUAACCCUAAUUUCCGAGCAGAGUACGAGAAGGAAUUCAACGGGUACCUGGAACUUGGCCACAUGACGCUGUGCGAAGACGACAACAACGAUGGUUACUACUUGCCUCACCACGCGGUGAUCAAGGAGUCCAGCGAAACGACGAAGUGUCGUGUUGUUUUCGAUGCUUCUGCAAAAUCCUCCACGGGCAUUCCAUUAAACGAUAUGCUGUUGACUGGGCCGACCAUUCAGGAAACUUUGUGGGAGCAGGUUUUGCGAUUCCGUUCUCAUCCCUUCGUCAUCACUGCCGACAUCGAAAAGAUGUACCGACAAAUCUGGAUUCAUCCCGACGAUAGGAGGUUCCAGAAGAUCUUGUGGUACCACGAAGGUGAAGUUCGAACUUUCGUUCUCAACGUUGUAACUUUCGGGGUCAAGUGCGCUCCUUUUCUCGCAAUUCGAACAUUGCAUCAGUUAGCCGUUGAUGAAGAGAGCAGAUUCCCAAGGGCGGCAAUGCUACUUCGUCGAGACUUCUACGUUGACGAUUUCCUUUCAGGUGCAGACACGCUGGAGGACAUCAUAAAGAUUCGCGACGAAAUGAUCAAACUUUUAAGUCGUGGGGGGUUCGUGAUACGAAAAUGGUCGUCGAACCAUCCGUCGGCUUUAGACAACAUUGAUAAAAACAUCUUCGAUUUAGAUUGUGGCAUACAAGGGAACCCUAUAAAAAAGACUCUCGGAAUCAUCUGGGACUCACGACGGGAUGUCUUUACGUAUUCCGCAAACCCUGAUGCGUUAGCUUCUACCAAAAGAAAACUCCUUUCCCAAAUUGCAAGGAUCUUCGAUCCUCUAGGCUUAUUAGGUCCUUUAACCUUGUAUGCCAAAACAUUAAUUCAGGACUGUUGGAAAGCUAACAUUACCUGGGACGAAUCCCUACCUCAAGACAUCCACACCAAGUGGAUAGCUUUAGCUGAACAACUUCCUUUAGUGCGAGAACUUGCGUUACCAAGGUAUCUGCGAUAUGACGUCGCAAACCCAAUAUCCACCGAGAUACACGGUUUUUGCGACGCGUCGAUAAAGGGAUACGGCGCGUGCAUCUACAUUCGUUCCGUUGAUUCCGUGGGAAAUGUUACUGUUAGGUUAGCUUGCAGUAAAUCCAAGGUCGCUUCGCUUAGUCAUCACACCAUACCUCGUUUGGAACUCUCUGGCGCUGCCCUUCUGAAGAGACUAUAUGUCGAACUGGUGACCCAGCUGACUUUUAAUAUCGUGCGAACAAUUCUUAGAACAGACUCAAAAAUCGUUCUCUGCUGGUUAGGCAAAGCUCCUCAUCUACUUAGAACUUACGAAGCGAACAGAGUCGCUGAUAUUCAAGCGUUAGGUGAGAAGGUCGAGUGGAAGCAUGUUCGUUCGAAGGACAAUCCAGCCGAUUCUCUAUCCCGAGGACAGCUACCCAGGGAACUUCUAACUGAUCCCCUCUGGCUUUCGGGCCCUCCAUGGUUAGUCCUUCCGGAAGAUCAAUGGCCUUCAUCGGAAGAACCCUCGUUAGGUGAUCCUCUAGGCGCGAAAGAAGGAAUCGUUUUAUUUACAACCUCUUCCGGAAGUAACAUCUACUCUCUUUUCUCUGAUUACGGGUGUCUUAUUAGGUCCAUCGGAUAUCUUCUCCGUUGGAGUAGAAGAAAAUCACUACCAGACGAUACUCAAAUUGCGAGUAAAUCGCAACGAGGGAUUCGUUAUCUUUCCCAAGCCGAAAUAGUUUACGCUGAACUCCAGAUCCUCCUUCUUAUUCAAAAAGAAUGUUUUAGUUCCGAGAUUAGAUUGCUCAAAUCGACUACGAAAUUAAUAUCCAAAUGCCCCAACGGCGCUUUCAGGAGUCGAACGAAGUUCGAUGAACUCAAUCCCUUCUUAGAUGAGUAUGGACUGAUCAGAGUAGGCGGUCGGUUGAAGAAUUCAAAUCUUCAAUUCAACCAAAAAUACCCUAUUUUGCUACCCAGUAACCAUCACGUGUCAGAUCUCAUCAUCCGUGACGCUCAUCAUCGAAAUCUUCACGGAGGGGUUCAAUCCACUCUUUAUAGGAUACGCGAAAGAUUUUGGAUUCUCAACGGUCGAAACCAGAUUCGACAUGUCUUGCGCCGCUGCGUACCCUGUCUUCGGCAAAAGCCAAAAUUCUCACAUGCCAAGAUGGCAGACCUUCCAGAAUCUCGAGUAAACCCUGCGUUCCCUUUCGCGAAGACCGGCGUCGAUUUUUUUGGUCCGAUUAUGAUCAAGGAAAAAAGGGAUCGAAAUCGAAGCUUCCUUAAGGCGUAUGGGUCCGUUUUCGUUUGUAUGGCCACUAAGGCUGUCCACAUCGAGGUAGCAUCCGAUCUCUCAGCCGAGGGCUUCCUUGCGUGUUUUCGUCGGUUCGUUGCCACGCACGGCAAACCGACCACCAUGUACUCUGACAAUGGUACUAACUUUGUGGGCGCGAACAGCGAACUGCAAAGGAUUUACCAAUUGCAUGAUUCGCCUGAAUUUAAGGACGCGAUUCAAACCUUUGCUGCAGCCGAACGGAUUGAAUGGAACUUUAAUCCCCCUCUCUCACCGCACUUCGGCGGUUUGUGGGAGGCGGCGGUUAAGAGUUUCAAACACCAUCUAAAUCAUGUCAUUAAGGAUCAAAAGCUCACGAACGAACAAUUGGAAACAUUAUUAAAGGAAAUCGCCGCCGUGUUAAAUUCUCGACCAUUAUACGCGAUUUCUGCCGACCCAAACGAUUCCCUUGCGAUAACUCCAGCUCAUUUUUUAAUCAGGCGUUCUUUCAAUUUCUUACUCGACCAAAAUUAUGUUUCAGUUCCGGACAAUCGUCUCACCUUCUAUCAGCUCGUCUCUAAAGCUAGACAAGCCUUCUGGAGCAAAUGGCACAAAGAGUACUUGCAUGAACUGCAAACUCGUCAGAAGUGGUUGACUUCUGGAAAUGCAUUAUCAAUUGGAUCUGUGGUUGUGUCCAUGGAGGAUAACCCUGCUUGCGCAAGAUGGCCGCUGGGAGUCGUCGUGGAGAUCCACCCUGGGAGCGAUGGCAUUGCUCGAGUAGCAUCGGUGAAGAUGGCUUCUGGAAUCUACAAACGAAACAUUACUCGGCUCUGUGUGCUCCCUGUAGAUCAGGAAAACGCGGACCCGUUGGAGUCUCAAGUCACCCUCCCGAACUCGUGA